AUGUCUAAAAACUGGGAAAACGUAAUUGAACUUCAGUUACAGGAAAGUGAUUAUGAUCUAAAUUCAAAAAUCAUUUUUAUGGAGAAAUGUUUCAUCGGAUUAAAAUCACUUCGAGCAUUACACAUCAAUCUAGUGAAACAGAUUGAACUAGAUUCGGAUGUAUUUGUUGGACUUGACAAUUUAAAAUUCUUAGACUUGAGUGAAUGCGUUUAUUUAAAUCAAACUGUACUUGUAGCAAGUAUUAAAGGAUCAAAUAAACUUCCAAGUCUAGAAAAUUUGAAGGCAUCAAAAAUAAAUAACUACAAUGGAGGAAUUGAAUUUGACACAAAAUUUGCCGAAGGACUUAGUGAUAAAAGAAUAACAUCUUUAGAUUUAAGUGAUACAAUAAUCAUACAAUUAAAUACAACUGCUGUUAUGCAUUACAUAGAAAAAUUGGAAACUGUGAAUGUAUCUAACUGUAGAAUAUCAAAAACAAUAACUGAUAAUGAUACUGAAAUGCAAAAGUUGAAGAAUAUCAAUAUCUUAGAUAUGAGUCAUGUACCAUUAUCUUGGUUAAUUCCAACCAUAAAAUUUGUCAACAAGACAUGGAAAUAUUCCGACUUUCCUAAACCAUGGAAUUAUCUUUUUUAUCCUAAAAUAGUCAACAUGACUUCCCGUAUUUCAGAUCAAGGAUCAAUUCAUACUGUAAACUGCACAUACAUAAUUAAUGUACCAUUUCAAUGGAAAAGUGAAGAAUUGAUAAUAAAGAAAAAUAAUGUUAAACAUUUAGAUCUUAAGAUGGAAUGCUCCAGACAUAAAGUUGUUACUAUAAAGCACGUAGAUGCAGCUGGAAACCAAAUGGAAUUUCUCCAUCCUAGUAUAUUAGAAUGUACCCCUUACAUUGAAAAGCUUGACUUGUCAAACAACAAAUUACAUAAAAUGGCAAAAGAAAACCAUCUUUUGUUUCAGCAACUGUUCAAAUCACUUUCUCGUCUAAAGAUAAUUAACUUAUCAUUUAAUCGCCUUCAAGUUAUACCGGAAAAAAUGUUUACUGAAAAUCGUGGCCUUGAACUGAUAAACUUUUCUCAUAAUGAUCUGGAGCAAGUGACAUUCACAUUAAAAUAUCUGUACAAACUGAAGGCUCUUAAUCUUCAGUAUAACAGGAUAAAAAUCUUAAACUCUCUUUCCAUCGAUAACAGCAUACUCAACAGCAUACUCAACUUACUUGGAAACACAACAUGGACUUUGGAUCUUGGGAAUAACCCUAUAUCAUGUUCAAAAUGCGAAGCAAAACAAUUUAUCUACUGGUUAACAUAUACGAACUCUGUGAGUAUUUCCACAACAAAUCUUGCUUGUACUACCUUAAAGAAUACAAGACGGAAAAUAGAUAAAAGUACAUUAGAUGAUGUCAACAACAUUUGUAAACAGAAGGUCAUGAUUAUAUCAACCACUUUAUCUGUGGGAUUUACUUUUGUUAUUGUUUUAAUAGUCAUAAUGGUUGUAUACAAACGUCGUAAACGAGCUACUAAAGAAUGA